AUGGCGUCCCACGCAACACAUGGAGCUGGAUUCACUGUGGAGGCCACGAAGAAAGGGGCCCUGCCGAUCAAAGUGGAAUCGCGGGCGAAGGGGAAGAAGGUGACCAUCAUCUCAGGUGUGCGUGGCAAUGCGCAGUUAUUGUGCUCGACUCUCAGCACCCUUCUUGGGAUUGGUGGCACCGUUCACAACGAAGCCGGACAGCAAGUCAUCCAAGUCCAAGGUAGUCAGGCUGACCCCGUUGCAGAAGCACUGGGUAAAUUGAAUUGCUUGAAAGGCGUGAAAGUCGAUCAGCCGAAGAAGCCAGCGAAACAAGCUGAGGUUGCCACACGACACUGUGGCUAUGACAAGUUUCUUCGACAAGACAAGCCCGACCUGGCGAAACUCCUGCAGGGUGAAGCAUAUGCGCCACAAUGCCCACCGGGCGCGGAGUGCUUCCGGUGGCAUGGCUAUUGGGUGUACUGCCGUGGCUGCUGUGAACAGAUCGAUCACGAUGACGUCUGGGAGGAGAGCGCAGCUUGGUACGAUCCAUGUGACUACGAUCUGCCCAGUCACCAGCCUUCUCAGCCAUCUUGGCUCCCCCGCACAUGUGGGAGUCGAUCUGAGCUGGAUGUCCGCUUGCGGAAGUUGGGCAUGCUGGCGGAGGUGGGCGAGGCGGCGGUGACAUGGGGCUUGCGCCUACUGGGACCUGCCGGCAGCACCUUAGCGGAGUACCGCCGCAAGGCCAUUGCGCCGGGCGCAUGGCUAAUCCAGGCUGAGACGAAGGGCAAGAGGGCACGGUCCGCCAGGAACGAGGGGGGUGCGAUGAAGCCGAAGGACGCGACGGAAGCGCGGCAGCGGAUUCGGGCGAUGCCCAAGCUGAAGUCGCCACCCAAGCUGGGGAGUUUCAGCUGCCCUGUCUGUCACAACAACUUCGGCCUCUACAAGACCUUAAAGCAACACAUGCUGCUCUCCCACAACACCACGCCGCCUCCGAAGCUCUCGAUGGUGGAAGCUGCCACCGCAGCCGCUGUGCAACGCCCGAGUGGCCCUAGCGCAACACGGACUUGGCCGAGGCGACCUGUACAGGUUGCAGUACCAAAGAAAAAGGUGAAGGAGGACAAGUACGAAGAAGCCUUUGACGAUUGGGAGCCGUUCGAAGACACACCAGGCACCAUGGCCAUGGUUGCUGCUGAUUGGAUGCUGCCACAGCUGGAGACCGGUGAGGUCGAGCGAGAAGCGGAGUGGUUCUUCGAAGACACACAAGGCACCGUGGCCACAGUUGCUGCUGAUUGGAUGCUGCCACAGCUGGAGACCCGUGAGGUCGAGGAAGCGGAGUUGUACGAAGAUUGCCCAAUUUGCCAAGAGAGGAUCAAGCUGAAGGACUUGCCCUCGCACGUGGAAGCAUGCUUGGCCAAUCCGUUGGCCACGGAGUCCUGGAAAGCCUGCCCCCUCUGCCAGGAGAAGUUCCAUCCCGAUGCCAUCGAUGCGCAUGUGCAAGCUUGCCUGGAACGAGACGAGAACGAGAGCGACGUCGAGGAGUCCGAAGCGGAGGAGGAACUGCUCUGGUUUUCUUCAUUCUCAGCUAUCUUAGUAAUGUCCCGCAUGAGUUCCUCUCAGGCGGAGGACAGCGAUGGUUUCUACGGUCAUCAGAUCGACCCCAGCAUGCUCGAGAGCUACCCAGUCUUGACAGUGGACCGUGGCUUUGUGCCGCAGGGGCCUGAUCAGCUGAAAGUGAUGGAAGGUGACCUUUUUCUGCGCAUGUGGGAGCAACCCAAGGAGGAAGGCGGAUAUUGGGCUUGGGGCAUUCUGGUGAAGCAGGAGUUCAACGGGCUCGCCUAUGUGGCUCUCCAAGAUGGUUAUGUGCCUCUCUCUCAUCUCAAUGGCUCAGAGCCAAGCCCCCCCGAGCAGGAGUCUCCUGAGGAGCCCAAGAUCACCCGACGCUGGGGAAGGAGGUCACCUCCAGAUUCCAACAUCCUGACAGCACGAUACUCUUCUUUGCCAGUGCGCCCCAUACGCACCAUGGGGGGCUUGCUGGGGGAUGAGUUCCUCACAAGCUGCGAUAUGCUUGGACGCUCUUUUCCAAGCGAUUUGGAGGAACUUCUCGGAACACCCAAAGCCAGCCAGAACCAACCAUCUCAAACAGAACGCUCGUUCCAGAAAUCGCCACAUGUUGCCUUUCACUUUGGGAUUUCCCAUGGCAUGCGCGUCCUGGAGCUUGUCCUGCCCCUGGCGAGCUGGGCCCUGGACCCUCGUGAGCCGCCGGCGGCGGCGUUGGCUGCGCUGACAGCAGCUGUAGGGAACGACACACAGAACGAUGCCCUGAGACAUCGCUUUGAGGAGGUACUGCGGUACCAUUGGCGCAGCAAACACUUUCUGGACAUUCAGGCAGAGCUUCCGCCGAAGCUGGACUGGUCGACUCAACCUUCGCCCUGGCGCUCCUUCCUCGGCGCACCUGCUGUGCGGCUUCCCUUAGAGCUUCGCACGUCCGAGGGAGCGCUGCCUGUUCCAUUGUCACUGGCCUCCCUAGGGAGUUUCCUGCGGUUAGGCGCAGGGUUGUCAGCUUGGAAGAGCUAUGACGGAGUGCACGCGUGGGCGCUCCGCAUGGCGCCCUCCUCGGGAAACCUGCAGACCACUGAGCUCCAUUUGCUUCUGCCUGCGCUGGAGGGUCUUGCAGAGGUGCCUGCGGCGUACCACUACCAACCCGAGCAGCACUCCCUUGAGCUACGGCGGCAGGCUUUGCAGGAGUUGGUGGAGGGCGGCUUUCUGGUGGUCUUGAGCAGCGUGUGCGUGCGCGAGGCAUGGAAAUACGGAGAGCGUGCCUUGCGCUCCUGUCACUUAAACCUGGGGCACCAGCUGGCUGCCUUGGGUGCCUCCUGCGAGCUUCAUGGAUGGACGCUGGAAGAAGGCCCUUCAGUCUUGGCCAUUCACGAGCUCCUCCAAAGCUUCGUGGAUUUGCCCGACGAGUCUCCGGAGCUUUGUCUCCGCGUGCGCGCGCCGGGCGCCGGGCCGGGCGCUGGGCCGGGUGCCGGGCCGCUGGAGCUGCAAGUGGAGGAGGUCAUGGCCAGCUAUCAGCAGGUGCAGAGUAUUGGAGAGCCCACGCCGCUGGGUCCCGCCGCCGCGCGACGCUGGGAGGCGAUGGAUGCAGCACAAGAGGCCCUGAAACUGCACCGCGCUGAGGUGGACGGAGAGCAGAGCGAGGCACAGCCCCGCUCCUCCGACGUUUGUUUGCGGCGCUUUCCCGACCUCCGCCGCGCCGUCCUCGCGCGCCGCUCUGCGCUGCGCUUCGCCGGCGACGAGGCGCUGGGCAAGGCGGCCUUCGCGCGUGUGCUGGCUGCAGCCUGCGAGUGCAGCGUGGAGCCACGGGUGGUGAGAACUGGCCGAAGGAUGAAAGUCCACUUGCUGAUGAUGAUACAUCGUGUAGAAGGCUUCGAGCCCGGGCUCUAUUUGCUGGUGCGUGGCCAGCUGGAUGACUUCUCCGACAUUUCAGGAGAGAAAGUCGACCUUCCCUUGGGUAGCUGCCAGCUAUGGCGUAUGGCUCGUGCGGAUGUCCGCCACGCUGCGCAAAUCAGCGCAUGUGGGCAGGAGGUCGCAAGUGAGGGCGUAUUUGCAGCAGCAGCGCUGGGAAACUUCCACGGUUGGACACAUCCCAGGAACUAUGCGGAGCUCCUGUGGCAGGCCGGUGCUUUGGGUCAUGUGCUCUACCUCGCGGCCGAAGCCGAAGGCUUCGGUGCCACCGGCCUGGGGUGCUUCAUGGGUGACAUGACGCUGGCGUUGGUUCGGGAACCCUGGAGCAUGGAUUCCAAGGCCUACAGCCAUGCGCAGAGCUAUGACGUCCAAGAAGCAAAGUAUCAGGUGCUGUACCACUUUGCCGUGGGCAAACCAUCUCUGGAUCCGCGUCUCUUGAGCUUUGAUGCUUACCAACACCUGCAGGAUGACUUCCACUACGAAGCGCUGCAAGGAGGGAUGGGCCGCAUCGUUCAAAAAUGUACUGACUCUUCGCGCGGAAGCGCGGCGCAUGGCGCUUGUGCUGGGCUUGGGCAUGAUGCCCUGGAGGCCCCAAGGAUUGGUGCCGUGCAGAUGGCACAUGCGUCGCGCCUCCAUCCCAGCAGCUUUCAGGAGCUGCCAGGAACCGCAGGGCCAGAACUACCUGGAAUGGGACCUGGACUGCCUGGAAUGGGGCCCGGACUACCAGGAAUGCCAGGCAUGGCCGGGGACGACAACCCGAAGCCAGACCUGGACUGUAAAUGCUUUCGGUACCAGAAGGAGACUCUGGAAGAUGUUAACAAACUGCAGCACAAUGUGAACUUCAUCCGAAAGUUGUUCGAGCCGAGUGACAUCACGCAAGAGAUGCUGGAUGGAGCGAAGGAGAAGAUCGUGAAGAAGAAGGAGAUGGGCGACGAUGAGGCACAGUCGAUUGAGACGGAGAGCUUUUGGUAUGCCAAGUUUCCGAAAGAGAUCGCCCAAGUGGCCAAGAGCGGCUUGAAGGUCAAGAUCAAGAGAGGAGAGGAAGAGAUGAAUGCCUGUUUGAAGUCCUACCCCGACGACAUCUCGCAGCGCAACAGUUUGGGCAAGAAAACGCGCGCACUCUGGGAGCUUUGCCCCCCACCUGGAAAGAAGAAAGUGCCUGAUGAGGACCCUUUGCCCUGUGGUGGUCGAGAGAAGCUUCGCGACCCAAAGUACAAGUGGAAACCCGGAGAUGUGAUGGAGUUCCUAGGCAGCUGCCGCAGUUCGCUCGCGAUGAGACAUCCAAAGAUGACAGACCAUGAUGAGGAUGAUGAUGAACGCUUCCAACUGGCUGUCAGAGACAUGACCAAAGCGCACCGGAAGAAGCUGGCCGAAGAGGCGGCCAAAGAGGCCGCAGCCAAGGCCGAAGAGGCGGCCAAAGAGGCUGCUCAAUGA